AGGCAAAGCCUCCGCCACAUUAAGCCAAGGCAGCGAGAACAGAGCACAGCUCAGGAACCAGACCAGAGACGGUACAUACCGCGUCGCGCCAGCGCAUACACAAUAGCUACAACCAAAAAUGAAAUGACAUGACAUGGAACGACAUGAAAUGAACAUUAUGCAUAACGUCGUAACUGUAGCUUCAGGCCAGCCUAGCCGUACUGUAUCACUCCAAUCCAAAAUAAGAAUGCCCAAUUGCCAACAACCAAGUCAAAAAAAAAAAAAAGAAGAAUCACCUCCCCUUCCUGCCCCUCCCUCCAUACCCGGGAACCUCACGCCUAUACCCAUAUCCAUAUCCAUACCCACCGGCCCCGGGAUGGCCAGAAGGAGACCUCCCACUCUCAACGCCCGCAAAAACCUCCUCCGCAAAACCCCAAAGCACACCCAGCAGCCACCCCAGAUCCCUCCCCGCCUUCUCCACCCCAACACGAUAAAUAUAGCACCCCAGCGCAACGACCGACCCGUAAAACACAACCCUCACCGCAAGCAUCACCCAGAACAUGACCACCCGGCGCACAUAAUCGAGUACCUUGAGCGAGACCACAAGUAUAACGAGGAGAAGUAGGACAGAUACCAGAUCGGGGGUUGAGGAGGCGAGGAGCCGCGAGAAGGGGGUUAUGAGGUAGGGCUCUAGGUAGGUGGUGCGGAUGCUGCUGAAUGACAACGAUGACGACCAGUUCGUGGCGUGGCUGCGGAGGUGUUGGAGGGUGGGUUUGUGAGGAGGGGCGUUAGGUAGUCUGUUUAUUUUCUGUUAGUUGGGUUUCGUCUUCC